CUCCUACUCUGCCCGCAUCGCCUCUCGCAUCGGUCAUUUGCGGAUUCGCCCCUAGCUAGGAGAUAUCGUGGGAGAUGUCGACGACGGAGACAGGGAAUAGCUCGACGACGGAGUCGGCGGUGUCCGGGCUCGACUACGAGGAAACGCAGCUGACGCUCGCCCCGCCGGGGGGCUCUAGAUCCGAGCUCGAGAGGAAGCGCGGCUUCUCGGAGGGCCUUGGUCUCAGCCUCGAGACCAAGGAUUUCUUGUCGGGUUCUUCCGAUGAGCCCCCCAUUUCCGGUGCCGGGGAGCCUUCCGCAGCCAAGGCACAGGUGGUGGGGUGGCCGCCGGUGAGGUCCUUCAGGCGGAACGUCCUGAAGAGCUGCACCUACGUGAAGGUGGCCGUCGACGGGACGCCCUACCUUCGUAAGGUUGACCUCGAGGCAUACGCAGGAUACCAGCAGCUGCUGACAGCCCUCGAGGAGAUGUUCACCUGCUUCACCGCCCGUAACUAUCCCAACGAGAGGAGGCUGGUUGAUCCUGUGAACGGGACAGAGUACGUUCCAACUUACGAGGACAAGGAUGGUGACUGGAUGCUUAUCGGUGAUGUCCCUUGGAAGAUGUUUGUUGCUUCAUGCAAACGACUUCGGUUGAUGAAAAGCUCAGAAGCUGUCGAUUUAGCUCCAAGAACACCCACAGGUUGCAUCACUGCGAGGUGAAUUGGGAUCCACAACAUCUCCAAACGAUGCGAUCAUGUACAGAAGCAGUUUACAUAUGUUUUGAGUAGCAUCCAGGAGAGUAGGAAUAAGAUAAUUGUUGUCUGUGGGCAGAUGUUUUUGGGUUUGUUGUUGGUGUGUGAGA